ACCCAGAACUAAUGCAUAAAAAUUCUCGAGCCUAUCGUGGAUUUCAUCAAAAGCCCAAAAUAGAGAAGCCAAAGGGCACAGACCUUGACAGCAUCCAAAUUCAAACAAGGCAAAAUCUUGGCAACCCUUUUUCUGUUGGGGGAAGAAAAUUGCAAUUCCAACAACAUUUCUUCUCUUCAAAACAUCAUCAGAGUUGAACGGUUUCCUUAAGUGUUAGUUGUUGACAAGGAAUAUGAGUGCUAAAACAAAGAGGAGGACUGUGACCGAGAAUGGGGACAUGGCAAACGAAGAUAGUGUUCUUGCUACCAUGAUUGGUAAUGGGGAGGAUUUGGGUCCAAUGGUUAGGCUUUCGUUUGAGACGGGGAAGCCUGAAGCCCUUUUGAAUCAGCUAAAGCUUGCUGUGAAGAAGAAGGAAGUUGAAAUCGAGGAGCUCUGCAAGCUUCAUUAUGAGGAGUUCAUUAGCGCGGUGGAUGAACUCCGUGGUGUAUUAGUUGACGCUGAGGAGUUGAAAAGUGAGCUUGCUAGUGACAACUUCAGGUUACAAGAGGUUGGGAGUGCCCUACUUUUGAAAGUUGAAGAGCUUCUUGAAUCUUAUUCAAUUAAGAAAAAUGUUACUGAAGCUAUUAAGAUGUCUAAAAUUUGCGUUCAAGUUUUGGAGCUUUGUGUAAAGUGUAAUGAGCACAUUUCUGAAGCUCGGUUUUACCCUGCUUUGAAAGCGGUUGAUCUGAUUGAGAAGAACUUUUUGCAGCAUGUUCCUGUGAAGGCACUGAAAGCACUGAUAGAGGAGAGGAUUCCACUUAUUAAAUCCCAUAUUGAGAAGAAGGUGUGCACUCAAGUUAAUGAAUGGCUAGUUCUUAUAAGGAGUAGCGCAAAGGAUAUUGGUCAAACUGCAAUUGGACAUGCUGCAUCAGCGCGUCAGAGGGAUGAAGAUAUGCUAUCUCGUCAAAGGAAAGCUGAGGAGCAGAGUUGUUUGGGACUGGGCGAUUUUACCUAUACCUUAGAUGUUGAAGAAAUCAAUGAGGAUUCUGUGUUGAAGUUUGAUCUUACUCCUGUUUAUCGGGCAUAUCACAUUCACAAUUGUCUUGGAAUAGAAGAGCAGUUUCGUGAGUAUUACUAUAAAAACCGGUUAUUACAGCUGAGUUCUGACCUGCAGAUAUCCUCAGCACAGCCGUUUCUUGAAUCACAUCAGACCUUUCUGGCUCAAAUUGCAGGUUAUUUUAUCGUUGAGGAUCGGGUAUUGAGGACGGCAGGUGGCCUGCUGUUACCUAAUCAGCUUGAUACAAUGUGGGAAACAGCUGUGUCUAAAGUGGCUUCUGUCUUGGAGGAACAAUUUUCUCACAUGGAUAUUGCAAGCCACCUUCUCUUAGUCAAGGAUUAUGUGACUCUUCUGGGUGCAACCCUUAGACAAUAUGGCUAUGAUGUUGGCCCCAUCCUUGAGACCCUUAACAGUAGUCGCAGUAAGUACCAUGAGCUUCUUUUAGCAGAGUGCAGGCAACAGAUUACUGAUGUUCUGAUCAAUGAUAGAUAUGACCAGAUGGUAAUGAAAAAGGAGUCAGACUACCAGACAAAUGUUUUACUGUUCCAUCUUCAGACCUCGGAUAUAAUGCCAGCUUUUCCCUACAUUGCUCCAUUUUCUUCUAUGGUACCUGAAUGUUGUCGUAUUGUCAGAACUUUUAUCAAGGACUCUGUCAAUUUCUUGUCUUAUGGGUGCCAAAUGAACUUCUUUGAUUUUGUUAAAGAAUACCUGGAUAAGCUCUUGAUUGAUAUUUUAAAUGAGGUUAUACUUAACACGAUUCAGAGUGGCUCCACUGGUGUUUCUCAAGCAAUGCAGAUUGCUGCAAACAUAGCUGUGCUGGAAAGAGCUUGUGAUUAUUUUCUUCAACAUGCAGCCCAACAAUGUGGGAUUCCUGUCCGAUCUGUUGAAAGGCCUCAAGGUAGUUUAACUGCCAAGAUUGUUCUGAAAACUUCGAGAGAUGCUGCUUAUCUUGCUCUACUUAGUUUAAUAAAUGCCAAGUUAGAUGAGUAUAUGGCACUCACGGAGAAUGUGAACUGGACAGUGGAAGAAGCACCACAACAAGGCAGUGAGUACAUGCAUGAGGUGGUUAUAUACCUUGACACUGUGAUGUCCACUGCUCAGCAAAUUUUACCUCUAGAUGCUUUGUACAAGAUAGGGAGUGGUGCUCUGGAACAUAUUUCUAAUUCUAUCAUGGCAGCCUUUCUUAGUGACAGUGUGAAGAGGUUCAACGUUAAUGCAGUUAUGGUCAUCAAUAAUGAUCUGAAGACGUUGGAAUCUUUUGCAGAUGAGAGGUUUCAUAGUACUGGUUUAUCUGAAAUAUACAAAGAAGGUAGUUUCCGAAGUUGCUUGGUAGAAGCCCGACAGUUAAUAAAUCUUCUCUUAAGCAGUCAGCCUGAGAACUUCAUGAACCCUGUCAUAAGGGAGAAAAAUUAUAAUGCUUUGGACUAUAAAAAGGUUGCUAUUAUCUGCGACAAGUAUAAGGAUUCAGCUGAUGGACUCUUUGGAAGCCUCUCAAAUAGAUCUUCGAAGCAGAGUGCUCGAAAAAAGUCAAUGGAUGUGCUAAAGAAAAGACUUAGGGAUUUUAAUUAGUUAGUUUUAAAAGUCUAUAAAUUGGUAGAGCAGAAAUAUCUGUCAUCAAUAGAUUCUUUCAUUAUCGCUCCUGAUUCGUCACACCCAAAAGAUAAUGGUGUACAUUGAUUUGACUUUUUGCAAAUUUGUCUAAUUAUAUUUUCUUAUAAUCUCUCUCCCUCCCUGUCUAUGUGCGGUGCUAGCGUGUGCCUCAUUAUAACAAAGUGGAAUAGGUGUCUAUGCUACUGUUUAGGGUAGUCUCAAAUUUUUCAGUGGAUGAGAGCAGUUAUGAAGCAAACCAAAGGAUGACAAUGGUUAGUAUUGAACAUAUCCCUAGCGGUUCAAAUAAAUUUCUUGUUCUGACAAUAUUUUGUGAUACUGGUCUCUUGUAAAAGCUAACAA